AUGGCAACCACAAUCAACAGGCUGGAAGCACAAGAUUUGAGAAAAUUACCCUCUCAAACAAUGGUCAAUCCAAGGAAAAAUGUAAGUGCAAUCUUGUUGAGGAGUGAUAAGGAAGUUGAAAUAUCAAGGGCAACCCUUAUAUCAUUGGAGCAGGAAAAGGAGAAAGAUGUCCUUGAAGAGAAGAGUGAUCCUAACGACAAUAGCGUACCUAAGCGUAAGUUUCCAGCUCUUUCUGAUUAUAAACCGGUACCCCCUUUCCCUCAGGUUUUAGUAGGAUAUAGGAAAGAUGAGCAAGAUCAUGAGCUUUAUGAUACUUUUGGUAGAUGCGAGAUAAAUAUUUCACUUAUAGAUGCUAUUAAACAAAUACCUCCUUAUGAUAAAUUUUUGAAACAUUUGUGCAAGAGUAAGAGGAAACAAAAACUCAAGGGAUGUGAAAAGGUAAACAUUAGGGAGAAUGUCUUUGUAAUUAUUCAAAGAAAAAUCCCCACGAAGUGUACAGACCUAGUUAUGUUUACUAUCCUUCGUACGAUAGGUGACACUAACUUUGAAAAAGCCAUGAUAGAUUCAGGAGCUUCUAUUAAUAUCAUGUCAUAUUCUAUAUACGCUUCUUUGAAACUUGGAUCUUUAAAUGAAACGGGUGUUGCGAUCCAACUAGCUAAUAAAUCUAAUGCCUAUCCUAAGGUUUUAGUUGAGGACAUUCUUUGGCAUGCUUACCAUGAUAAAAUAAGUGAAUUUAACAUUUAUGAUGCCAUGAAACAUCCUGAUGAAACUAGCCUUGUUUAUUUUAUUAAAGUGAUCGAUCAUUUAGAUCAGAAAAUUUUAGAACAUGAUAAAAACAAUGCAGUGAAAGUUGUCAUUGAUAAGCAUAUUGAGGAGAACCCCCAUGCUAGUGAUAAGACUUGA